GCGCAGGGUUCGCUUGCUCUUGACUACAACUAUCAUCGUCUCCUGCCAACCUCCAUUCGUUAUGGACAGCGACGGCGAGCUCUCGCACUGCACCAAAGAUGCUGAUUUGUGGUUCCCAGAUGGUAGCAUCAUGCUCAGGGCAGGUAAUACGCUGUUCAAAGUGUACUCCGGCAUGCUUGGGCAGGCAUCCCCCGUGUUCAAAGACAUGCUUUCCCUCCCACAGUCCACGCCAAGUGAGGAUGAGAUGUACGAGGAUCUUUUGGUUGUCCGUAUGCCGGACUCUGCAGCAGAUCUCAAGCCCUUCCUUAAAGCUAUCCAUGAUGGCUGUGUGGAUCCCCCAAAUAGCUAUUUCGAUGUUGGUGACCUGAAAGUCCAGGACAUCCCUAUGGUCGUCUCUGUGCUUCGCUUGAGCACGAAGUACCAUGUCUCGUUCUUGCGAAAGCGCGCCACCGAAGCGCUCCUUCGCUGGUAUCCUUCCAAUCUCGACGACUACAGUCCCAUCGGUCAGUCUGAACGACCUCUGCAGGACCACUCUCGACAUGUCCUAGUUGCCAACGCUGCACGUGAGACUGAUGUGCUCGUGCUACUCCCCGCUGCCCUGCUCCUCUGCAGUGCAACUGCCAACACUCGCGUGCUAUACGACGGUUUGGAGACUAACGGGGAACACUAUACCCUAGUCGAUGCCAACAGACGUGCGGUCUUCUUUGGCCGCCUUCGCCUUUCGCAUGCCGCACGCAGCCGCACGCAGGCAUUCUUCUUCUAUCCCCGCACUCCGAAUCCACCAGCCCUGAAAUGCUCAGCACCCGAGCGAUGCAAUGAGUUCUGCCGCAUCUACUCCUCUGUCUUUGACGAAAAAGAAGAUCCUUGGAUGAACCCGUUCUAUCGGCUGAACUGGAAAGCUAUACGAAGUACCUGCUGCGUGAACUGUGCUUCCGGCUGGGAAGUGCAUCACGCAGAGGCAUCACACCAAGUCUGGCAGGAAAUGCCCUCGUACUUUGACCUAUCUCCUUGGACAGAGUUGAUAGAGAGGUCGAAGGUGCCGACUCGUAGAGGGUGCUGUGCCGAUGUUCUGCUUGCUUGACCGAUAAACCUCCGCGUACGGACCUUGGGCACUUCGUGUAGCACCUAUUGGAUAUCUAUAAGGCCAUUUCCUGCGAGCCUCUACUCUACUUCUGCGAUUUGUUGGACGCUCUGGAAUUCCGAAGAGUAAAAGA